AUGGUCUCACGGCUCCUUUCCGUAUCUGUCACAACGACGCUCCUGAUCAUCAUCUCCGUCUUCAUCAUGCGUCGUCUACGAAGCUCACUGAGCCUACGAGACACGAAGAAGCCCGACCGCCCAGACCGCCCAGACCGUACGGGCAGCUCACCAGAGCGUGCCAUGCUCAGCAGACGCCUCGCGUCGGCUUUGCCCGACAGCGUCAUCCUUCCGCACGACGACGCCGCCUUUAAGCAGUCGAUGGGUUCCUACUGGGCCCAGCAGGAGUGCGAAGUGAUCCCAGCAUGUGUCGUCCGGCCCCGAAACGUCCAGCAGCUCUGCACCGCCGUCACUCUCCUCAAACGUGAGUACGACGAACGAGGAAAGCAAGCUGACGAGGGGGAAGCCCAAGGAUUGUUUGCUGUUCGCAGUGGUGGCCACUCUCCGGUUGCCGGGGCUGCGAGCAUCAAGGGAGGUGUUGUGAUCGAUCUUGGCCUCUUCUCCGAGGUGACGCCCUCGGAAGAUGGAUCCAGCGUGACCAUCGGAGCUGGCGCCAAGUGGAUGGAUGUUUCUAAAGUCCUGGACGAGAAGGGUCUCGCUGUUAUUGGAGGCAGAAACUCUGCUGUUGGGGUGGGCGGCUUGACUUUAGGAGGAGGUCUCUCCUUCUUCUCCCCCCGCUUCGGCCUAGUCUGCUCCAACAUUCUCAGCUACGAAGUUGUUCUUGCCUCCGGCUCCGUCGUCAAUGCUUCUGCAUCAACCAACCCUGACCUCUGGCGUGCCCUCAAAGGCGGCUCCAACAACUUCGGCAUCGUCACGCGCUUCAGGUUUCGCAGCUUCCCCUCCACCAAAAUUUGGAGCGGCUUCCUCUAUAUGCCCGCUGUCCGACCCGCCAAGGUUCUCGCGGCUUUCCACGAAUUCGUCAACAGAGCGGAUUCACGCGAUCCAAGCACAGCGUACGACGACCACGCCGCCGGCCCCAUCGCCUGCUUCACCUAUAUCCAGAGGGUCGGCGCCCAGGUCAUCGCCGUGAAUCUUGUCUACACCAAGCCCCUCGAGAACGAGAAGCAAUGGCCCACCUGCUGGAGGACUUCCUCCUUCCGAUCGCUCUUUCGCUUCUGGAGCACCUGCAAGGUGCGCACCCUGACGAGCGCAACCGACGAAAUGAACGCCCUCAACCCGCCGGGCAGGCGCCAGGUCUUCGCCACUACAACUAUCAAGAACGACCCUGCCACACUCGCUGCCGUGCACGCCGCCUACCGCGAUGGCAUCGCCUCGCUCCGCCGUGUCAACGUCAGGGGCUUGGUCUGGACGCUCGUCCUGCAGCCGCUCCUACCGGACUGGGUACGUAAGGGUGAUGCGAAUCCGCUAGGUCUGCACGACUGCGCGGAUGAGCCUCUCGUCAUCGUGAGCUUCACAAUCAACUGGGACGAAGGGCGCGAUGACGAGUUCGUCAAGACGACAACGCGCCGCACCGUCGAGCAGAUCGAUGCCUUUGCCGCGGCUCAUCGAACCGGCCAUCGAUACCGGUACCUGAAUUACUGUGCGGAGUGGCAGCGGCCGUUUAAAGGUUAUGGCGCUGAAAAUUGGCAGUUCUUGCGCAGGGUGAGUAAGAGUUAUGAUCCGGAGGGCUUGUUUCAGAAGGCGUGUGUAGGAGGGUUUAAGCUUGACGUGGAGGAUGGUGAGGCUUGA